AUGUCACUACUGACUGGAGUAUCAUUAAGAAGAGACUCUCUGGCUGAUCAUACCCAAACUUCCACAAUGGCAACAGUCAAAGCGCCGACAAGACAAGGCAGCAACGGGAGCACUUCCAAUAAAACACACCACUCAACUUCCAGUAGUAUUGGUAGUGGUGUAAGUAAUAGUACUACUGAUAAUCAGACACUGUCAGGAAUCAUCACGGCGGAACUCGCGUCACAAGAAGGAUCAUCAUCCUACAGUUUGAAACUGAUAGGAUUGAAUCUAGAUUCAAUUUCUGAAGAUGAUGUUUCUCUAUUGACUAAAGUAGAGAAACUCUCUUUACGAAAGAAUAAAUUAACCUCUUUACCAAAAAAUUUUAAUAGAUUAAUCAACCUGAGAUAUUUAGAUUUACAUGGGAACCAGUUUACCAAGAUACCACCUAUACUACUCCAGUGUCCAAAAUUAGAAAUAUUAGAUAUGUCUUCAAAUAAAUUAGACUCCUUACCAACAGCAAACGAGCUGUCUGACUUCUGGUUAGGGAAUUUGACUGUACUUUCUUUAAAAAAUAAUAAUUUCAUUUCCAUUAGAGACUUCAGCCCCAUCACAAGAUUGAGCCAUCUUUCAGUAAUAGAAAUAGAGGGCAACCUGAUACCUAAGGACGAAUUAGAAGCUGUCAAGAAAUGGUAUGCUUCUUCAACUGCAUCUACAACAACAUCAACUGCAAAGGAUGAAUAUUGGGCCAUGGCAAUAAGGACAUAUUUGGAGAAUAAUAUGCACACACCAGCUCAAGAGUCAAGAGUAUCAAAAGCAUCAAAAAGAAUGGGCUUUAUUAAUACAACUUCUAUGGAUCAGAUGCUAUCUUCAAGCUCUACAUCUCAACCGCAACCUAACACGCCUUCACAAUCACAACCUCCAUCCAACCAAUCUGCACAAACCCAGGCUUACCUACCUUCACUAUCUCAAUCUCAUCCACCUUCACAGCCUCAACCUCACUUACCUACACAAUCUCAAACCCAUAUACCUUCAAAAUCUCAUCCACACCCUCAUAAUCAAGCCCAUGCUUCCUCUCAUUCUCAACCUCAUAUAUCAACCCAACCUCAUUCUUUACAGAAAUCAAGAUCAACAAGCCUUUCAGAAGUUUCUUCAAGUUUGAGCUCUACAAAACAUAAAUCAAUUAUUAAAACCCAUAUCACAAGAUCUUCAUCCUCAUCAAUAGAGAUCAAUGAAUUAAACACAAAUCAAUCAAUAACAAACGAACAAAUGACAAAUAAUGAAUUAUAUAAUCAUACAAAAUAUAACGAUUAUUUUAAACGAUUAUCCGUAUUACCAGAAGAAUCUCUAUUAAGUAACGAACAAUGUCAAACAAAACACAAAGUAUCUCAUGAAGAAUUGGUUUUGGCAUGUAGAAAAUUAUUAUUUUGUUUCACUGAAUGCCAACAAAACAUCAGAAAGAUAGCGUCGUUCUGUAAAGAUAAAGCUGUAGCUGUUAAUGUUGUUUCAUUAUUAUAUUCUGUUAGAUCUCACAUUGAUAAUUUAGUUGAAGUUCUACAACAAACGGAAAACGAAGGGAAGUCUCAUGAUCAAGCAUUCAUUAAAUUGUGUAUUACAAUUAUAAAUAUUUUUAAACAAAUUAUGAAUCUAUUAUUAAAAAAUUUUGAAACAUUUUUUGAAAGUAAUGAAUUAUCGUUCAUAAGAAUGUUUUAUAUGACUCUAUUAUGUUCAUACAAUGAAAUGUAUAAUGCUUGGUGUUUCAUUUCCCCCCCUGAUCCAAAACCAAUUAAAAGAAAACAAUUAUCAAUCAAAAAUAACUCAAGUACUGCUACAGCGUUGACACCAUCACCUGCAGCUGCAAACAUGUCUAGCGCAACAAUAAACUCAUCUGUAUCAGCAACAAAUAUUGCUUGUAAUUCACAACAACAAUCUGCUGACUUAAGACAUGCAAGCCGAACAAGAAGCAAUUCUUUCCAAACAAGAGUAUCUCCCUUGGCUUUAUCGUCAACUCAAAUACAAUCUUCUUCCAACACCCUUACUUCAAUAAAUAAUAAUAACGGAAGUAAUAUUAGUAAUAAUGACCAAAAUCCAUUGUUAACAUCUACAAAUGGUAAUAGCAAAAUUAAAAAACCUUCCUCAAUCCAAAUACCCACUAUGGCAAAUAAUAAUUUCCAUCACUUAAAUAACAUAAAUAAUACCAAUAGUAUACCCAAUUUAUCUUCCAUAUCUCCAGCAUUAAUUCCAACUACUCAACCGUUUUGGUCAACUCAAACCUCAACAAGACAAACUUCUAACCCGAACCAAAAUAAUCCCUCAACUCAAGCAAGUAACACUAAUAUAAAUGGCUCAAUGAAUACUCCACUGACAGCAUCAAAUUCUAUGGGACAAUUAGAAUCAAAUCUUCCUUCGAAACAACAUUCACCACACAUAUUAAAAUCUGCCUCCAAUGGAACAACAUCAAUUCAACCACAUCCACACACAGAUUCAGAUGGCAGUUCAUCUGCUAUAUCUUCUUCAACACCUAGUGAGAUCAACAUCGACAAUCAAUUAUAUCAAACUUUAUCUACUGUAAUUAAAAUGGUUACAGUGGUUUAUGAACAAUUAACUUCAGAAAUAUCAAAGACAGCUUUUGCUACCUCUAUGGGUAAACAAGAAAUUUCAAAAGAAGUAACUUUAAAAAUCAGAGAAUUAACAGAAACUUGUCGUCAAGUAUUAGAAUUAUCGAAAUCAUUAAAUUCCAGAUUAAAGAUAUUGAUGAUUAAUGAUAAUAACAAUGAUAAUAUUUUAUUAUCCAAUUCAGAAAAAUUGAAAACUUGGGAAAUUAUUAAUUCUUUUUUAAAAUCGAUUAUUUCAAUUUUAGCAAAUUCAAAAAUUUUAAUGACAGAUUUACAAGGUUUAAAUGAUGUGAGACCAAAUCUUGCAUCAUUAGCAAAGAUUACUAAAGACGUGACUGUUAUUCUUGAUUUAAGUACUUAUAAGAAAAUAUCAAUGCAAAGUCAUUCUUAA